UGAAAACAUAGCAGUAGAUACCAUUUGUAUUAUUUUCUUUAGCAUAGUAAAUCAUCAAAUAAAAAUGCUAAGGUGGAAAAACAAAAUUGCUGUGGUCACUGGUGCAAAUCAAGGAAUUGGUUAUGGUAUAGCAAAGGAAUUAGUUAAACACGGCAUAAAGGUUGUAAGUCUUGAUAUUGAAACUUCAAACGUGGAAGACUUAUCCGAUGAACACAAAUAUAAUGGUUUAAUAGUCUCAAAAAAAGUUGAUGUACGAGAAGAACAAGAAGUGGUGGAUGCUUUUCAGUGGAUCAAAAAACACAUUGGACCUGUAUCUAUUUUGAUUAACAGUGCAGGUGUUUUGGAGACUACCAACCUAUCAGACGGUAAUGCUGAUAUUUGGAAGAACACCCUUCUUACAAAUGUUCAUGGGUUAAAUCUUUGCACCAGAGAAGCGGUUAGAUGUCUAAAACAAAAUGGCGAUGAAGGACACAUUAUUCACUUGAAUAGUAUUUGCGGACAUUUUGUACCACAAAUCGAGAAUUUUAAUGUCUAUCCAGCUUCUAAAUACGCUGUUACAGCUUUAACCGAAGGGUUGAGAAGGGAAUUAGCCAAGUUGAAGGCAAAUAUCAAAGUUUCAAGCAUUAGCCCAGGAAUUGUUAAAACAAAAAUGUUGGAAGUGAAACUAAAAACCGAUCCAAUGUACAAAAAUAUUCCUUUUCUUCCAUUACUAGAAGUCGACGAUGUUGUUGAGUCAGUAAUUUACGUACUGGGAACGCCACCGAAUAUUCAAGUUCACGAACUCAUAAUUAAGCCAUUGCACGAAUUCGUGUGAAGUUGUCGAAAACUUUUUUAGAUCGAGACAGUAAUAAAAUUAUUCAAGUUUUCAGUUCUUUUGACUAUAAUUUUAUUCCUGAUAUUGCCACCCUCAUGGAGACGCAGAAAUGAUAAACAUUGCUUGGUUUCCAAAAGUUUGUCUGCAAACAUUUAAAUUGUGUUUUUAAAAAUUG